AUGAAGACAUCCCAACUGGCGGCAGAGGCAGCGGAAUUGGCGGAAAUCCUUCAACCGCCAACUCGAUCAGAUGCAGUGGCUCGUCAGGCUAAAAUCAUUGAGGCUAUAUGCAACGCAACGGGACGGGAAGUUCCACCGCAAUUCAAAAUGAAAGACAAAUCGGCAGCAAAAAUCAAACUCCCAGAACACAUCCAAGAGACCUUAGAAGGAAUAGCGGAUAAAGAUGAGCCAGGCGAAGGUCGAGUGUUUGUUGCUGUUACUUAUAAUUAA